AUGUUUGUCAAAAGAAUAGAAGGUUUCAUACUGUUUUGUGUGUGUUUGGCAACUUUAUUGUCUUCUACAGACUGUACACGGUUGUUAGAAUGCAAUAUACCUGCUUGCGAACAAUGCAGUGUGACACAAAGAUUCACUGUAGACGAAUGUUGUUCAAGCGCCGAACUUCAAAGUGUUUGUGAAAGGUGUGAAGAAAUUUAUGGAACUGUAGGACAACUUUCAGAUUGUCUGUCCUCCUUCGCUGGUUUGAGACCGAAACGACGAGGUAUGAUUGGCAAACGUAGAGGAUUUUUGGGUUGA